AUGCUGACUGAGCAGAAUGGACGACGCUAUCACGCCUAUCGACAGGGAGAGUAUAGGUUGUAUGGCGACCAAUUCACGGGAUUUGGCUGUCGCGAACUUUUGAUCGAGGCGAGCACGAAAUUCGGGAAGCAGCUCGGUGUGGCAAAUAACUAUAAGCAGUGGAUGGUUGGCGCUGGGUUCGGGAACGUCCAGGAGCAUAUCUACAAAGUACCAUUCUCUCCAUGGGCAAAGGGCCCGAAGCUCAAGGAGCUGGGCAGAUACCACCAGACGAAUAUGCUUGAGGUGCUUGAAGCGUACUCAUUGGCGCUGAUGACCCGCUCCCUAGGGUGGACGGUGGAGGAUGUCAAUGUGCUAUUGAGGGAAGUGCGAAAGGAGCUGCUGGACCGGAAACUGCACAUCUAUUCCCGACUAUACGUAGUAUACGGACAGAAGUGA